AUGUCCAACAGCUUGAAGACAAAUAAGGCAGACUUGAGGCCUUUGAAGCAACACAAAAAGUUCCAGACCGAAAAUCGAACGAAUAUGGGGAGGCCAGAUAUUGUGAACGAGUCCAAGCAUCAACAGCUCCCGACUGCUGAUCAGGACAACCGGACUUUCCUCUACACGACUGAGGACAUUUUCAACCGUCAAUCCCCCGGAUACGCCCUGUCGGACGAAAAGCGCGCUGAUUUUGGGCACAUGAUAAUGAGUCUGAAAGAAGCUUCCUCCGCGCUGCCUCGAGAUAUUCGCAACCGCAUUCCCCCGAAAACACCCUGCCGGACGAAAAGAGUGUUGGAGGAUAAACCCGCCAUCGACGAAGAAUCUGUCAUCAAGGCAACGAAGCACGCAAGAAGCUUCAAACGCCUCUUCGAGCAGGUCCCAACCGACGUUCUGCAGUGGUGGCCCGAGCUAUGUGCACUCGAAGUAUCGGCCUUGAGAGGGAAGGACAUCUUGCAUCGCAACCCUCAUCUGUUGGACUCAGGAGUUCUGUCCCAAGAUAUUCUCAUCAUCUUCCGUGAACUUAGGGAGAUACAUCUGGAAAGCUCUGCAAGGUCAGUUGACAUACUAUGUGAACUUGAACUGGAAGAAGCCGAAGCGACGAGUCUUUGA